GCAUACUCCUCUAAAAGAUCUGUAUCCCGAUUUGUUUGCUUGCUUUGUUUCUAAAGAAGCUUGAAUUUCUAACUUGAUUAUUCCUGCAUUAGAAGGGGGAUAUAGAAGUUAGAAUUUAUAAUUUCAACGAGCUUUACAUGACUGGGAAUUGGAAGGUGUGUGUAAUCUUUUCAAGCUCCUUUAUUCCAAUAUGCCAAGGGGUGAGGGUGAUGAUAAAUUGACUUGGCAGUUGACUGGACUCGUAUUUUUUGAUGUGCGCUCCUAUAAUUUUUUGUCCAAUCCUUUUACUUAUCUUUUCCCUUGGAAGAGCAUUUGGUGUUUAAAGGCACACAAAAGGGUGUCGUUCUUUUUAUGGAGACUAGCUAGAGGUAGUAUCCUUACCAUUGAUAAUCUUUUUAAAAGAGGUUUGCCCCUAGUUAAUUGAUGUUGCUUGUAUUGUUGUGAUAGGGAAUAUGUGGAUCACCUUUUGAUCCAUUGUAAGUUUGCUCAUGCCUUGUGGAGUGAAGUUUUUUGAUAUUUGGGAUCCAGUGGGUCAUGCUGGAGAGAGUUGCUUCUCUUCUUUUUGCAUUGAGGAAUUGGUUGGGGAAACAUCAUUCAAAUCUUUGGAAUAUGGAAGAAAAGAAAUGGUUGGAGUUGCUCCUAAUGAGGGAAGUCGACGGCGUUUACCGGUAUGGAUGCUGGGUGUAGCUGCUGCUGACCAAGAGAGAAAGUCUGAUGAUGUAGAUAAAAACAACCACCAUGCAGAUGAGGGACUUUUGCCCCAAGCUUGCCAUUCUGAAGCAAAAAAUAUGACUAAAGCACCUGGAAAAGGGAUCCUGGUCCAAGAAAAAGGGGUGAAUUCACAUUUUCUUUUAAAAUGUGAAACAAAGAAAAGAAGAAAAGCAGGUCUACAGGAUUCAAACCUUGAUGGUAUCAUCACUGAAACUGUUACCAAGAAGAAAAAGGAUAAUAGGCUUGGGAGAAAACUUAGGGAACCUACUGCACGGAAAAGACAAAAGGCAAAGGGUUCUGACUUUGGAAGGGGUGAAGAUUUUGACAUUCAGCUUCCAAAUGAUGAUGAUGUGGAGCUGACAAUGGAUGAUCUGAUGACCAUUGCUGAAGAGUAUGUCAAAGCUGAGAAGAAUAAGGAGCAACAAGUGUCAAAUAGAGAAUGCAGAUCAGAAAGAAUAGUCCCCACAAUGGUCUCUUCCAGUAAUGUCUCAGUGAGAUUGCUUGAUGCCCCAAAUGGUAACCAAAGUUCAACCACUGAAGAAGUGACAGCUUCUCAUAGUUCCACUGUGAGUUUAGCCAGUGAAGAAAUUGCAAUCAUUGACAGGAGAACAGGAGAUCCUGCUCAGGACAUGUUGGAUCUGUUUUUGGGUCCCUUGCUCAAGAAACCCUUUGAGCAGGAGAAUAGAUCUUUUAUAAAGGAUAUGGAAUUUGCCUAUGAGUUUGAAAGGCAAAGUCAGAAUACUGUUGUUGGAGAUGAAAUAGAGCCCCUGAUGAAAAAGAAGAGCAGUCUCAAAGAUAAGGUAGCAAUGUUUCUUGACUAAAUUAGUUAUCUGAAUUUGUUUAUACAACCUUGUACAGUACAAUACAGCAUUGAGAUGUUCCAUGAUCUUGUAUAGCACUUGGUUAAUCCAUUGGGCGACCUUUUCAGACUUAUCAUCUUAGUCACAUCUUCAGCUCCUCACCUCAGAUGAUACUCCAGUAGGUGCAUACCUUUGACCCCUAGUCUUUCUCUGUCACUAUUUAUUUGAUUUAUCAGUCUUGUAGCUAGUGUUCAUAUACAUUUUUAAAUUUUGAGACAGUGAAAUGGGAAGGGCAUUCUUUCUGUAAA